CAUAUAUAAAAAUUAUUAUAUAUAUUUAUAUGGUAGAUGUAUAUAUAUUGACACUAAGUAAAAUACACAAUACAACACUGGUAAAGACUAAUAGAAAGAGAAAAGUGGAGAAAAGAUCUUCAUGGCAGCGCCACACCCACACGUAGUAAUUUUUCCUUUCAUGGCUCAAGGUCAUACCCUUCCAUUAUUAGACCUGGCCAAAGCUCUUUCCUCCAAGAAAAUCGACGUGACCAUCAUAACAACACCGUCCAACGCCAAAUCCAUCCUUCACCACCUUUCCAAACACCCCAACAUCCGCCUACUCCAACUUCCUUUCCCCACCGUUCAUGGCCUCCCACAUGGCUGUGAAAACACCUCCCAACUCCCCUCCAUGGAUCUCCACCCUACUUUUCUCAUUGCCACCAAAAGACUCCAACAGCCCUUCCAACUCGCCUUAAACCACAUGAAACAAUCGCGUUCCCUCCCUCUUUGUGUCGUUUCAGAUUUCUUCUUGGGUUUUACUCAACCCGUUUGCCAAGCUUUUGGGAUCCCUAGGUUGGUUUUUCAUGGCAUGGGCGUUGUCCCGAUGGCCAUAUGUAAAGCCUCUUGGGCCCGUAAUCCGGGUUUGGACUCCGACUCGGAUCCUAUAGACUUACCUGGGUUUGAGCUUCCUUUUGUCUUGACAGUUUCGGAUUUGCCCCGUGACGUGGUCAACUCUUUGGAUCUCCAUAACCCGAUGUCUGAGUUUUUGGAAGAGGUCGGAGAAGCCGAUCUCAACAGCUGGGGGGUAAUAGUCAACAGCUUCUUGGAUCUUGAAAUGGGUCGAGUUUCUAAUUUCGAAUCUUUUUAUAGAAAUGGAGCUAGAGCUUGGUGUAUCGGGCCUCUUAACCUGUAUGACAGAGAUUUUAACCCGCAAAACGAACCGUUUGAUAAGAAUAACGUAAUGAAAUGGCUAGAAGAUCAGGAAUCAAGAUCCAGGUCGGUGCUAUACGUGUCGUUUGGGUCCCAAGCUGACGUUUCAGACGCCCAGUUAGACGAGGUGGCCUUCGGGUUGGAGGAGUCGGAGGUUCCGUUUUUUUGGGUGGUGAGAUCCAAGACUUGGAGUCCACAAAACGUCAUGAAAGAGAGGUUAAACGACAAGGGAUUGAUCGUGUCGGAUUGGGUUGAUCAACGACGGAUAUUGUCCCACGUGUCAGUAGGGGGUUUUCUGAGUCACUGCGGGUGGAACUCAGUUCUUGAAAGCUUAUCGGUGGGGGUGCCGAUCCUGGCUUGGCCGAUGAUAGCGGAGCAAGGGUUGAACGCGAAGGUUGUCGUUGACGGACUCGGGGCUGGUAUUCGGGUCAGAUCAAACGCAGUGUCAGAUGUGUCUGGAGACGGUGUCGUUUCGAGACAGGCGAUCAGUAAAGGCGUGAGGGAGUUGAUGGGACCUGGAGAGAAGGGAAGGAACGUUAGAGAGAAAGCUCAGGUUUUGGGUGGCGUCGCUCGCCGAGCUGUGGAAGAAGGCGGUUCGUCCUUUCUAACACUUGAUGAGCUUUUACGUAAACUGCAAUUUCAAUGUUGAAUUUGACCUUUAACUUAAUUAUUAAGGUCUACAGAAGUAAAAAUCCGAAGUGUAGUGAUUCCCAAAAAAUAAAUAAUAAUAAUGAGAAAAUAGGAUGUGUGAAAAUAUGGAUUCAUUUUUAAUAUAUAUCUAUAAUAAUAAUAUAAUAGAAGCAUGCAUGCAUGUAUCAUGAUGACAAAGCUUUGGGUAUAUUUUCUCUAAAAUAUAAUUAAUUUUUAUGACUAGACGUAAUAAAAACUCAGUUUUUUUAAGUUCUUUUUUCU